GAGGCGGAUCCCAAAGCCCCGCCCUCUCAGCUACUGUCUUAUGCGCUGCUCUUCCUGGUCUUCCUUUUUCGAGAGAUUCGCACCCCCUUGAGGAUCGACGCUGGAUCUCCUCGAAGGAGGCUGCUCGGCCCCGCUUCGGCCAGGUGCAGCCUGGAAAAACCUGAGGCCAAUGUUUUGCCUGCAAAUUGCCUCUGGUGACAAGGAACUACAAGCGAGCAAUUAUGGAAUCUGUGCAAGGGGGGAAAUGCUUCAACCGAAGAUCACCUCAGAGGAACCAGGAGAGACUUUUCACAUGCUCUGAGUGCGGGAAACCCUUUGCUUACCAGUCUCUCCUUUUGAUCCACCGGAAGCUGCACAUGGGGAACGGAUCCCAUCUGUGUUCGGCAUGUGGGAAAUCCUUUCCUGAAGCGUGGACCUUUGCCAAGCAUCUCAGGAGCCAUCCUGGACUGAGGCCUUACAAAUGCGGAGAGUGCGGGAAGCGUUUUGCUAAAGGCGCGGACCUUGGAGCCCAUCAGCGGAUCCACCAGGGAAAGAGACCUCGGGAAUGCCGGAAUGGGCGGAAAAGACUGGGCUUGUCUCAGAGGUCAGAGCUGCUUCAACAUCAGGAAAUCCACCCAGGAGAGAAAUCUUACAAGUUCGGGCCAGGCGGGACGGGCUUCCCUCAGAAGUCACAGCUUUGGCUCCAUGGGAAGGAUCACCCAGAAAUAAAGUCUUACCGAUGCUUUGUGUGUGAAAAAACCUUCCCUGAAAUUUCCUCUCUUCGGAAACAUGAGAGUCAGCACACUGCUCCGGGAAGGGGAGAGUGUCCAGAAUGUGGGAAGUUUUUCACUUGGAAAUUAAGCCUGGUGCGACAUCGGAGAAUUCACUCCGGGGAGAGACCCUACAAAUGCCCAGAAUGUGAGACGCGAUUUUUGUAUCCUCAUGAUCUUGUAAAACACCAAAUGACGCACAAAGAAUGUGAGGAGGGUGGGAAACGGUGUCUCUCAGGGACACAGACUGGGAUUCAUCAGAGCAGCCACACAGGAGAGAAGCCCUACAAAUGUGGGGAAUGUGGAAAAUCCUUUGUUCAAAAGGGAGUCCUCUUUGAACAUCAGAAGAUCCACUCGGGGGAGAAGCCCUUUUACUGCAUCGAGUGUGGAAGGUUUUUCCCUACAAUAGCCAGCUUCCGGCGUCAUGAGAAAGUUCACAGAGGGGAGAAAGAUUACAAAUGUUUAGACUGUGGGAGAACAUUUGCCUAUUCCACAUCCCUUAGAAAUCACAGCCGCAUAACGCAUGACGGAGUGACACCCCAUAAGUGCUUCGAGUGUGGUAAAUAUUUUUCCAGAAAAGCAAAUCUUUUGAGGCACCAGCAAAUUCAUUCCGGAGAAAAACCUUACCAGUGUCAGGAAUGUGGGAAAUCUUUUCCUCACAAAGAAUAUCUUAGGAAUCACGAGAAAUUUCACACAGGUGAGAAACCUUACAAGUGCGGGGAAUGUGGGAAGGCCUUUACUCGCAGUUCGGACCUUCGGGUACACGAGAAGAUACACACAGGAAGAGGUUCUUAUCCAUGCCCUGAGUGUGAGAAGAGUUUCAGUUGGCGUUCAUCUCUUCGGAGGCAUAAGAAAGCACAUACAUGUCAGGAAAAGUGCCCGGAAUGUGGGAAAGGUUUUUCCCACAAAUCAAAUCUAUUGCGACAUCAAAGAGUUCACACUGGAGAUGGACCCUAUGAAUGCCCAGAAUGUGGGAAACGAUUUGUGGAGUCUGCUGAACUUCAGAGACACCAGAAGGGGCACACAGGAGAGAAGCCCUAUCAAUGUGGGGAGUGUGGAAAAAGUCUCUCUCGAAAGCCAGAACUUUGUGUACAUCAGAGCAUCCACGCUGGGGAGAAGCCGUAUAAAUGUGGGGAGUGUGGGAAAUGUUUUGCUGAAAAGGCGCAACUUGGAGAACAUCAGAAAAUUCACUCAGUGGAGAAGCCCUAUCAGUGCAUCGAGUGUGGAAUAUCUUUCCGUCGCGAAUCAGCCCUUAUAAGUCACAUGAAAGUUCACACAGAGGAAGAAAUUGUUCUAGAUUGAUGUAAAUGUCCUCACCGCAACCCCUCACAACCAUACCUGGGAAUACCCUUGAGAUCCUUGCUAAGAAGAGAAGAAGGAAAUCCUGUUUAGUCACCUUACGUGAAGGAGUUCAUGGAAGCUGUCUUGCGAUUUCAGUGCAAUUAAACAAAAAAAUUCUCUUGGAUACAGAUUUACCUCCAGGCCCAUCCUAAAGCUCCUGGUGGUCCCCCAUUCAGCACUAGUGAGCUUAUUGAAUAUUCAACUAUUGAAUGGAGAUAAAAGACAGGAUGAGGGAAUUGCUGGCAUGAAGAUGAAAAGAGAAAGAAAUAAACGUAGGGAAUCUUUUGAUGACUUGGUGGUAAGUUUCUGUUCCUUGUGAAAGGAACAGAAAUGGGAAAAAUAAAGGAUUUGGGUCUUUUCAAAUGAAUAGUCAAAGAGGACGAUGUUCACAAAAAUACAGAAAUGGAAGACCAAAUAAAAUUGACAGGAAAGGCUGGUUUUAAGAUUGAGACAGAAAUAAAAGCCUUGAGUAUCUUUA